UCCCGUCUCUCUCCCUACGCUGCUAGCAGAGUUAGCAUUAGCACGUUAGCCUCCAGCAGCUGUCGGUGGCAGUCAGUCCGAGUGGUGGUGCAUUUGUAAUCAUCAUCAUCCACCUUCUUCUCUCCCGUAGAUUGACCGUAGACGGUCAGGUUGUUUCUUCGGGAGCCAGCUCCUUUACCUCCUCGGGCUACCUGCGGUAACAUUUGUUGUCCUCGUCGUCACGACAGAAAGAAGCUCUGGGACAUGGCCAGACCAGAACAAGUACUGGUGCUAGAGCCACAACACGAACUGAAAUUCAGAGGCCCAUUUACAGAUGUCGUCACUGCCACUCUGAAGCUCACCAACCCCACAGAUAGAAAUGUGUGUUUCAAAGUCAAGACAACCGCGCCUCGCAGAUACUGUGUGCGCCCAAACAGUGGCGUUAUUGACGCUGGAAACUCUGUCAAUGUUUCUGUUAUGCUACAGCCUUUUGACUAUGACCCUAAUGAAAAGAGUAAACACAAAUUCAUGGUGCAGUCCAUGCUGGCUCCAUACGACAUGACUGACAUGGAAGGAGUUUGGAAGGAGGCAAAGCCUGAUGAGCUGAUGGAUUCAAAGUUGAGAUGUGCAUUUGAGAUGCCUAUAGAAAAUGACAAAACUCAUGAGAGUGAAACCCACAAAACUGUGUGUUCCUCUGCCUCCUCUGUUAAGACUGAGCUCUCCACGCUGCCCAAGUCCGCCAGUGCCUCGCUGGAUGACGGCGAGGUGAAGAAGAUCAUGGAGGAGUGCAAGCGGCUGCAGAUGGAGGUGCAGAGGCUACGGGAAGAAAACAAACAGAUCAGGGAGGACGACGGGCUGCGGAAGAGAAAGGUGACCUCAAUGGGCGCGCCUUACUCUUCUUCCUCCUCCGCCAUGGCCACCUCAGGCAUGAGGGACGAAGGCCUAAGCACCCGCAUCCUGGCGCUCUGCGUGCUCUUCUUUGUCAUUGGAGUCAUCAUUGGCAAGCUGGCCCUGUAGAGACACAGACAGACAGUGACAGACGGGCGGAUGGCGUGCUCGGGAGGACAUGUGUCAAUGACGGCAACAGGGAUGUCUUCUGGGUUUAUGUUGAUUUCUCUUUCUUUUUUUUUAGGCAAUAUCAUAACGGUUUGUCAAGAUGGAAAAUGAUUUAACGUAAAAAGAGAACAAAGGAAGGCAAUCCCUAGUGAAACCAUGUGCGAGGGUUUUUGUCACAGGUCUUGCCUUUUUCUUUUUUUGUGAAAUAAUCACCACCUCUGAUCUGUUCUUCUCUGUCCAUCCCUCCUUCCUAAAUGAUCUUCCGCAACUUGCACAGGUAACAGUUAGUUGUACGUGGGAGUGGUUUCAUGCUGGCUGAAUGUCAAGUCUUUCAUUGAUUCUUCUUUGAUUCUUAAGUCUUCAAGUUCCUCACUCACAUUGUCUAUAAGAAAGAUCUAACACUCCUCUUCUGAUAA